GUGCAUUUGUAGCUUAUUUAAAGUUUAUUAUCGGUGCACUUAUAAGUCCAUAAGAGCUGCCUUUCUUUGGUUGACUGCUUUGUGGUCACUACAAAACGCAAUUAGAAGCAUCAUUGCCUACUCAUACUUGACAUGGUGAACUGUGAAGUUCUGAUUUAAACAAGCUAAGUAUGUCCUUGUACUCAUUUCUUAGCCAUGGUUUAAGGCUCGCAUCAAGUGUUCCGACAUGCCUCUCGCCCAGCAAAAUGGUUCUGAUAAAAGGAAGUCUGCCACUAAAAAGUCCCAGCUUAGCUAUCUUGAACAGGCUGUUUCAAACAUCAUGUAGCAGAUAUGGCCUGAUGGAGUUCUUUGACGACGAGAAAAACUGGGGAGCUGACGAGGUCCGCGUCGGCAGAGCAUGGAAGGCAGAAGAACUUCGACUCAAGAGCAACCAAGAUCUGCAUAAGCUCUGGUACGUCCUGCUUAAGGAGAGAAACAUGCUCCUCACCACCGAACACUAUUACGAGAAGACGGAGAAGGAGCUCUUUCCCAGUCCAGAGCGCAUAGAUAAGGUUGAAGAGAGUAUGAAGAACCUGGAGCAGGUGGUGAAGGAGCGCAACAAGGCCUACUGGCAGCUGGAGGUGUCUUCGGCAGAGGACGGAUGUCGGCCCGUUCGACGGGAGAGGAACCAGUUCGGCGUCAUGGUAGACCGCCCGCUGACGGAGCACGUCGAACCGGAGACGGACUCGAAUAGAGUCCGACCGGCGCGGCCCUACGCCAGUCCCGACGUGGCCAACUUCCUCAAACUGAAGCACGAACAGGAGAAAACGGAACGCAACAGAGAGACACGACGACGCCACCGACACGUGGUCGGUCUACUGAGGCGGUUCCCCGACCUGGAUCUGGACAUGCUCAGAGAACAGUAUCCGGACGUCGACAUGGACAGAGUGCGACGGGAUAAACGCAUACGCGGCAAUCACGAGGACAGGCUCAGCAUAUGAUCCGUUGUGGGGGCCGUGCGUGAAUGACUGGUGAGGAAUACGGAAACCCGAGUUGGUAGAUGCGACUACAUGGCUACGAGAUUGCGACGGAAAUCGAAGAAGGCCAUCCGUCUACCAGUGUCCCCAAAGCAAAGCCGAUAUUUGAUCGGCUCCAAACAUCAACUCUGAAUAUCUUGUCAGCGUUUGUGAAAGGGAUUUUUGUACCGCUGUGAUGCCGGCGUGUGCGAAUGCAUUAGUGCGACCAGUGAACGACUGUUAUGCUUUGCAAUGGCCAAUGUGUGUGCAUCUGAUUCAUCGGUAAAUAGUAUGUCGUGAAACCCA